AUGCUGUUGUUACAACUCAAUGGCACUACCCGACGUGGACAACCCAGCGCGCUGUAUGGUAUGACAAUGGACCAUACAAACCCGUCUUUGCGUGCUCAAGAAGCCAAGUUUGGAACCAACAACCAGGUGAAGACGCCAGACACUAUCCCUAUCAGGGAGUCCUUUGCUCCUAAAGGUGUCAAGUGGGAUACUGCAUACACCAACUGGUCUCAAAUCCAUGAUCAGUGCAUCGAGCUUGUUCGCUGGUUCAAUUCAACCUCCAACAUAUUUUUUCUCAUUAACGAAGAGAAUAUUCGAAGAUGGAGGGACUACAUUAACCUUGACGAAACCGAUGAGGCGAUCAAGAUUGAGCUACAAGUUUCGAGGUGA